AUGUCUAGCGGAAAGAUCAAGAUCGGAAUCAACGGUUUCGGAAGGAUCGGUAGGUUGGUUGCUAGGGUUGCACUUCAGAGAGACGAUAUCGAAAUCAAAGCUAUUAACGAUCCCUUCAUUGAUGUCAAUUACAUGACCUAUAUGUUCAAGUAUGACAGUGUCCACGGUCAAUGGAAGCAUCAUGAUCUCAAGGUUAAGGACAAUAAGACCCUUCUCUUCGGUGAAAAGUCCGUCACUGUUCAUGCCUGCAGGAACCCAGAGGAGAUCCCAUGGGCCGAGAGUGGAGCUGAGUACAUCGUUGAGUCUACUGGAGUUUUCACUGACAAGGACAAGGCUGCUGCUCAUCUAAAGGGUGGUGCAAAGAAGGUCAUUAUCUCAGCCCCUAGCAAGGAUGCUCCCAUGUUUGUUGUGGGUGUCAACGAGCAUGAGUACAAGCCAGAGCUUAAUAUCAUUUCUAAUGCUAGCUGCACUACCAACUGUCUUGCCCCACUUGCCAAGGUCAUCAAUGAUAAAUUCGGAAUUAUUGAGGGUCUGAUGACGACUGUUCACUCGAUCACUGCCACUCAAAAAACUGUUGAUGGACCUUCCAGCAAGGACUGGAGAGGUGGAAGAGCUGCUUCAUUCAACAUCAUUCCUAGCAGCACUGGAGCUGCUAAGGCUGUAGGGAAAGUGCUGCCCUCAUUGAACGGGAAACUGACUGGAAUGGCUUUCCGUGUUCCUACUGUUGAUGUUUCGGUGGUUGACCUCACGGUGAGGCUCUCUAAGCCUGCUACCUAUGAGCAAAUCAAAGCUGCUAUCAAGGAGGAGUCGGAGGGGAAAGUGAAGGGAAUCUUGGGUUACACCGAGGAUGACGUGGUUUCCACUGACUUUGUUGGUGACAACAGGUCAAGCAUUUUUGAUGCCAAGGCUGGAAUUGCUUUGAACGACACAUUUGUCAAGUUGGUAGCAUGGUAUGACAACGAGUGGGGUUACAGCACCCGAGUUGUUGACUUGAUUCGCCACGUUGCACUUGCCAAGUGA